AUGACCAGAUCCAAUGCACCUGCGGCCGAGGAGGACGCGAACUCGGGCAUCAGCUACGAGGAGGGAUCAAGUGGUGAUGAUACGGCCCACAAUGUCCCUUCGGCCACGACACCGAGGAAGCGAAAGAGAGAGAAGCACCAGAAGACCUCAUGUGAGUUGUGCAAAGCUCGCAAGGUCAAGUGUGACCGUGCUGAGCCCGCAUGCUCGUGGUGUGCCCGUCACAACAGGACAUGUGUCUAUCUGGAGAGACAGAAGCCUGGAAGCCGCAUCGGCUUCGGGCUGGAGCUCGAGGCCAAGGUCAACAAGAUCGACGCCCUCUUGCAGUCUCUUGGACGGAGGUUGGAGGAGCACAUAGACUCCCAUGAUGCUCCAUCACCAGCCAUCAGUACACAGGCGACGGGAUCACAGGCUGCCGAUGCUGGCCCUCGAGGUGGUUUUUCCAGUGGUGUGCCCGCCCCCAACACUCCUGCGGGCGGCACUCCGAAUUCCCAAGGAACGGUGAGCCUCUUCCCAGGUGGUUUCUGGCCUGGCAGCGACGCCCCUGACGUUGCCCAGUAUGGUGGCCAGCAGAACCCGUCUGGCGCCGUCCAUAACACCAGCGCGCCGUCUUUGUCGCUGAACCCUUCAGUUUCACUUCGCCAGCCUCCUCUUGCUACGCCUGUUCUCGCCGAUCUGCCGCCUCAGGAUGUGAUAUAUACUCUUGUCGACCUGUACUUCAAACAUUGCAACACAUGGUGUCCUAUCCUCGAGCGAAAAACAACAUUCGGAAUAUUUUUCGGUUCGACGUCGAUGAACGAAGCGGACCGCGUCCUCCUUCACGCCAUAGUGGCAACUACGCUGAGAUUCUUGAAAGACCCUAGGUUAUCGUACGAGGCGAAGUUGCAUUACCAUGGUGUUUCGAGGAGGACUGUUCAGCUCUAUGCAAUGGAGAAUGUUAGUAUCGAGGCAUUGAAGGUAUCUGUUAUUCUUUCUUUAGACGAACUCGGUACUUUGAAUGGGCCAAGAGGAUGGAAUCUGCUGGCCAUGCUGGCCCAGAACGCCAGGCAGUUAGGCCUUUGUGAAGAGACGAGCGUAUUUCUAGCGACCGAGCCUGACGAGAUGCCGACCACUGGAUCGAUCCGGCGGAUAGCUACAACCAGACCCGAGUCGUGGAUAGAAGAUGAAGGAAGAAGACGCCUAUGUUGGAUGGUUUAUCUCCUGGACAGAUACGCUACUAUUGCUACUACCACCUUCGACUUCUCCUUGAGCGACGACUUAAUGAAGCGAGUCCUUCCAUGCUCGUACGACUUGUUUUCUAGGAACGUCCCUGUCGAGACGCAGACGGUAAUGGCAUCGAAUGACCAGCAACCUAGCCAGGAAACAUCCUUUAUGGUGAAGAAACCCGAGAAUUUGGGCAGUUUUGCCUACCACUGCGAGAUCCUCCGUAUCAUCAGCAAAAUCCACAACUUCUUACGAACGCCGGUUGAUGUGACAUCUUCCACGGACAUGGCCAACUGGCGCAACACAUACCAUACACUGGACUCCUCGCUGGAUUCUUGGUUGCAGAGCUUGCCAAGCGAAUACAGCAAGAUAUCGGCUUUGUGCCAUUCGGACCCAGCUAGUCGCGUUGCCAACUGGUUUAUGCUCCAUAGCGCGUAUGUGGUUGCGGUUGUACGACUUCAUUCAGCAGCAGCAUAUCCCACGGUCCGAUCACACAUAUUCGUUCCAUCACACUAUGCAAUGCAAAGAUGUCUAUCGGCGGUGCAAAGCCUUGGCGAUAUUGCCAGGGAUGUCUAUGAGGCAGAUGGGUUGGACUUGCUGGGACCGCCCUUUGCCUUCUCUCUCUGGGUUGCCGCCAGAUUGCUGAUUGUACACGCAGCAACAGUUGGUGGCCCUGUCGAUCCCAAGAUCGAAUUCCUUGUUGAGACGCUCAAACACGUUGGCCAGUACUGGGAGGUGGCACAUAAUUAUGCCAAGGUGUUGAGCAGAGUGAUCCAGCGAGCUCGCCAGAAUAACAUGAGUUUUGCCGCUAUGAGAAAAAGCGCCUAUGACUUGGUCCAGUUGACGACGCAGACGAGACGAUCGGGACUGGAAAGCACGUCAACCCAAAACACAUCCUUGAGCGAGCUGGAUAAUAUAGACGUUUUCGACUUCUUCAACUUACCCAGAGUUUCAGGCUCAACUAUCGGAUCGACUGAUAACCAGACAAAUCUGCUGUUGCCUCAAGGCACAUCAAACGUCAACAACAGCGGAGGUGUUCCAGACCCCGAAUCGGAUUGGUUGAGAUAUAACGCAACAUAUCAUUGA